AUGAAUUCUGCUCAUACAUUGUACAUUAGAAAUCUGAAUGAAAAAGUUGGGCUAAAAAAUUUAAGGAAAGAAAUUGCAAAAAUAUUUCUAGAACAUGGAUACCAAACCCUUGCAAUAUAUGUAUGUAAGAAUCUAAAACUUAAGGGACAAGCUUUUGUUUCUAUGAGAGAUUCUGUUGAUUUGGAUCAGGUUAUUGAAAAACUUCAGACAAAGCUUUUAUAUGGAAAGCCAAUGAUUCUACAACAUGCGAAGACUGAUGCAGAUCUGGUAUUUAAGCAGAAGCUAAGCGAAGAAGAAUUUGAUAAAUUGGUUCAGGAAAGAAGAAGGGCUCGGCAACAGAGGAGAAAGCAAAAGACGGAAGAGAUCUCAAAGAAAAGGCCAAGGGAUGAAGGACCUGGAGAAAAUGAACAUGUAUCAGCCAAACAUAAAAAACUUGUUACAAAUAAAGAGGAACCUGUUGUUCCUAAUAAGAUGAUGAUUCUCACAAAAUUACCUGAAGAUAUUACAAAGGAAGAAAUAGUUUCGAUCUUUGAUAAGUUUGGAGGGUUUUUCAAAGUCAACCACGUUAAGGUACGAAAAUUGGCGUUGGUAGAAUUUCAAAAUGAACAAGCCGCCCUAGAGUGUUACAAACGCCUUGGACCAAAAUUAGAAAUAAAAGAGAAACCAGAUUGUUUAUUGACAUUUGCAAAAAACUAG